AUUUUUGCCGAGGAGCCGAAGUCCCGGAUUUCUAGUGGGGAUUGGGGAACCAUUUAUGAUACAAGACCGGUGCUGAGGACGCGCUCACAGCUGUCAGGAGAAUAUUUUCAUGCACGCGCGUUUGUGAAGCUGUGUGAUAUGGGCACGUGACGGCAGGAUGAAGGAAUGGUGGUUUCAGGUAGGGCUGCUGACUGUGCCUCUCCUUGCUGUGUACUUGCAUAUCCCUCCUCCGGACCUCUCCUCAGCUCUUUACACAUGGAAGUCAACAGGGGAGUUCUUCACCUUCCGAGGACAACGCAUCUUUUACAAGGAUUCUUGGGGGGCAGUCGGCAGCUCAGAUGUGGUCGUACUGUUGCACGGCUUUCCUACCUCAAGUUAUGACUGGUACAAGAUCUGGGAAGGGCUGACUCAGAGAUUUCAUCGUGUUAUCGCUCUGGAUUUCAUUGGCUUUGGGUUCAGCGACAAACCACGGUUCCAUCGGUACUCGAUCCUUGAGCAGGCCAGCAUUGUUGAGGCGCUACUCACUCACCUGGGUCUGGGAGAUCACAAAGUCAACCUCCUUUCUCACAAUUAUGGAGACACAGUCGCUCAGGAGCUGCUGCACAGGUUCGGGCACAGAAGAACAGGACAUAUAAAUAUAAACAGCUUGUGUCUUUCUAAUGGAGGUAUCUUCCCAGAGACUCAUCACCCCAGGUUUGUUCAGAAGCUGUUAAAAGACAGUGGUCUGUUCUCACCCAUCCUCACAAGACUAAUGAAUUUCUAUUUCUUCAGCAAAGGAAUCAGUGAGGUAUUUGGUCCGUACACGCAGCCUUCAGAUGCAGAAUACUGGGAUAUGUGGACAGGUCUGAGACACAACGAUGGGAACCUGGUGGUAGACAGUAUUUUGCAGUAUAUAAACCAGCGCAGGAAGCACAGAGACCGAUGGGUGGGAGCACUGACGAAUGCGACUGUCCCUUUGCAUCUGAUUUAUGGACCCCUGGAUCCAGUUAACCCUCACCCCGAGUUCCUGGAACUAUACAAGAAACUGAUCCCCAAAUCCACAUACUUUGUUUUGGAUGAUCACAUUAGUCAUUACCCCCAGCUGGAGGACCCCACGGGUUUCCUGAAUGCCUAUCUGAACUUCAUCAAUUCCUUUUGAGCCAUGACACCAUUUAACCAGCCUGAUUGCCACCCCUUAACGUUCACUGGGGUUAAAUGUGAAACCGAGCAAUAAGGCACUCAGUGAGCGGCUACAGAACGCUACUUACAGCCGUGUUCUAUCUCAGGGAUGACUCUACCUGCUCUAAUGCUGUCUGUUCCUGAGUAUUAUUUCUCCAUGUUAUGGGCUUGUUGGUUGUGUACUGAUGUGUGAGCACAAUGUCUUCCAAAUGCUACAACUGCAUGAUCCUCCUUGCAGACCAGAGACUCUAAAAAUCAUUUAGCACAUCAGCGAGGUGUGGAGCUGAGCAUCGCAAAGUAAAAGCUGCCCUCUGCAAUAACAACAACAUAUACAAAGUGUAUGUGGACCUAAGAGUAGUUCUCACAAUCGUAGAACAAAUAACAAUAUUACCGUCUAACAGUGGUUCCGUUUGCAAAUCAUCUCUAUAACAGGCUCUGCUCUGUACAUUGAGUCUGAACGUGCACCUUCAUUCUAAAAGCCAUGUUUUUAAAUACGUUUUGCUACAAUUUUGUGACAAUACAUAAGACCUUCAACACUCGCCUCUUACAGUAUUUUAUAUAUGCAAUUUUUUUUUUAAAUAAACAGAUAAUCUAAAUGAAUCUUUAAACAAUGUUUAACUGGUUAAGGCCAAAUAGAACUACAGCAAUAUGUUGCACUUUUGGGGUAAGAACCCCAAGAAUACAGGGCUAUAGCACGUUAAUAACAUGAUAAACAGUCCGAGUGUCAGUGUUAGCAGAUUUGCAGAAUAUUGGAUUCGGCAUUCCUGAAAACUGAUGUGAUACAAGGUCUUAUGCCAGCUUGAUUUGAUAUAAAGGCUGUUUUUGGAGGUCUAUAAAUGACUUUUUUGGACAUCAACUGGCAAAUUAUAUACAUCUGUUUUUUAGAAACACUAAUCUCACAUUGUCGUUGUGUAGUUAUUCACUUCAGUCGGUGGUCUGAAGAUUAAUCAGCAAUUAGUAAUUAUGUAUCAAAUGAUUUACUAAUUAUUAUACACAAUCUCACCACACCAUGUGGUUUAUUUGUAAAAUGGGUUGUAAUUUCCUUGUGUUCAGUGUUAGUGCCUGAUACAAACUGACUGGGGCAUAUGUGUAAUGGGGUAAAAGAGGGAAUAUUACCAGGCUGUGAAAUAAAGGGCAGAAGAACAGCUUUAGUAACACUAUUCUGGACUCUGGAUAAAGCUUUGGAACUAAGAAUCAGCAACAAACUAUGAGCACUCCUCUGGAUAAACUAAAAUCACAAACAAGCACCAAACUACGCAAGUUUGUCAUAAAAAGCCACCAACACGAACAAGAGACUCAAUCACAAAACUGUUGAACAUGACACUCCAGCUUCAAAGCAAAAAACAAAACCUGAGAUGUGACACAACUGAGAACGAUGAAUAUAGAAUGGAUGCAGCGUUAUGUAGAACCUAGCAUGUGGCGCAGAUGGGCGCAUGGAGUCAGGCAGAGGGCAUAGCUGACCAUGGGAGCAGUGGGGCGAGGGUUAAGAUUAGGGAGUUGCUGGAUGUGACCAAUCUCAAACACUCAGCAGUUCUGUUUGGUGCUCCAGUGCCUGCAGCCAUGGGGGAUAUAAGAUCACUUUAUUUGAGUGAGCAGCAAAAGGUUAAGCACUCGCCUUCUGCAGCUUUGUUUUUCUACUGCACACCAGGCAAGGAAGAAGAGGAGUCUGGGAAGGAAACUGGUAGGGAAAUAGCAAUACCCUUUAAAUCCGAUACCACUGUGCACCUGUUAGCUAGCAAUACAAAUCAUCACCAUGUAACUUCAUUGUAACGUGUUGUAGUUUGGAACAAUGUCACUAUGCUGGAAAAAGAAGAAUAUAAAGAGUUUACACAGGACCCCAUCAUAUAGAGACGAUAUGGGCUGUACCUAAUGCUGUUGUAAUGAAACACAACUUCACUUUUUACAUUUAAAGAAAUCAUUUACUUGGCCAGUAUUGGAGUGGUGGCUAAUGCCAGGCAGAGAGUUCUUUGUAUAAAAUGCCAAGUGCAGUGCCCACAGAGCACUGAUCCCAAACCAAGCUACCAUCUGCAGUACCCCAUGACGUGUGUGUGCAGCAUGCUUAUUUCAUGAUUCAGUUAGAGUAUAUUAUUUUAAACAAAUCAUUACUUCUAGUAUCUAAUUGUCUUUGUUCUCUUGCUAUCCUUUGUUGAAAAGAAUACCUAGGUAGGCUCAGGAGCAACAAUACUGGGUGCUAGCUGCUCAUUGGUGGCUGCACAUAUAUACCUCUUCUCAUUGGUUCAGCUGAUGUGUUCAGCUAGCUACAUGUAGUGCAGUACUGCUCCUUCAACAAAGGAUACAAUGAGAACAAAUCAAUAAUAGAAGUAAAUUGGGAAGUUUUUUUUACAAUUGUAUGUUCUAUCUGAAUCCCGAAAUACAUUUUGUUUUGGUUUUAUAUCCCUUUAAAGGGACAGUACAUUAUAUAACAUUCUAUCAUGGAUAUGAAAGAGUAUUAUUUUAACAUGUUAAAAAAGGGUUAAGUUAAAGUUGUUUUGAUUUUAAAGCUAACAGAGGGCAUAUUUGUGUACAGCUAAUCCUUAAGGACUGAUUGCCUAUUGGCUUAAACCAGAACUCCCACCUCUAUUUGUUGGACAGCCACAAGCGUAACAAUAUAAAAUGUUUCUCAGUAUUGGAGCAUCAAUUUACAGAAAAAAAUGAAUAAAAACCCUAUUUUAGAUUCAAUAAAUACUAAAAAAAUUACUUUUUAAUAAGAAUCAUCAGGCACUGGUUUUCAAACCUGUUCUCAGGCCUCCCUAACAGGACAGGUUUUCAGGAUUACUUUGGGUGAGAGGCGGUAAAAUAACCUUGUUUACUAAUCAGCUGAUUAUUUCAACUGUGCUCUAGUUUAGAUAUCCUCAAAACCUGGCCUGUUAGGGAGGUCUGAGCAGAGGUUUGUAAACCAGUGGGCUCGGGCAUUUAAUUCUGCAAUAAAGGAGUAAUUACAACGGCAACGAGUAUAAAUCUUCAUUCUAUUCAAACUGACGAUUAGAUUCUCCUGAAUCAGUGCAUUGUCAGGGUCAUAUGGUCAUUCUAGUAAAUCACUGAAGAAUGAGCAAAUCUAUUUACUCUGUCCAAAUAAAUCUCACCAGUUUUAUUUGUUAUCUUUAGAUCAGCUAAAAUUCAGAUUAACACAAACGUAAAAUGGUUCAAUAAAACAUAUUUUGAAAAACAACAAAAUGUUGUGCUUUAGGGGUUUCUUCUUGAUUUGACAGUUAAAGGGACAUUCUGGUCAAAAUGUAAAUGCACAUGAAUUACAUCUUUGAAUAUAAACUUAUUUGCAAUAUAAAUGUCUGGCAAAUGCUUAUAGUAAAAGUCAUCACUGUUUUAGUGUUAGCAUUUUUCUUUGCACAUGCAUGUGAAGCAUAGCUAGAUAUUCUCAGUGCACCAGCAUUUUAAGUACUGCAGAUGCUCAGAGAACCAGUGGGGCUUUUAUCAUGUCAGCAAUUAAGUCAUUGCCAAAUCGUGCAAGCACCUUAGGCUCUCUCAGCAAGUGCUGUGUUUAAAAUGCUGGUGCACGGUGCAUACUUAAAUACACUUUUGAAACGGCUAUAGCUUUUAUUAGAAGCAUUUUAGCUAAUACAUUUAUAUUACAAAAGGGCUUCUAUUCAAAACUGAAAUGCAUACAUGCGGAUUCUAAUUCUGGCUGGAAUGUCCCUUUAAUUCACAACCCACAGUGAUUGAUUGAAAUACUAUUUCUGUAUUGUUGGCCUUAUUGAAGUGUUGUUCUUACAGGAAUUAAAGGAUUUGUGACGUGG